ACGGAGCAGAGGAGAAAUAACAGAUUUGAAUGGCUUACAUUUAUUGUUCAUGUCUUAUUCACUAACUAAAAACAUUCACUAACAAACACACCGAACGAGUGCCUGAAAACUGGCAACUAAAGCUGGAAUGUUCCACUCAUCUUUCAUCUUUAGAUCCAAAAGAUACAUGCACAUAAUGAUUCUACUGGGUUUUGCAUGGUUUGUUCUGCCUCAUCAUUCAAUCUAUGCCCUACAAACUGCUUCAAAUGAUGUAAGGAACCCAUGUCAAAUCUAUGACUCCGGCCGCUUCGCAAAAUGCCUUGGCCAGCAACUGGAUCAUGUUCCAUGGAAUCUCCUACCUUCUACCCUUGAAAGUCUUGAUCUCUCCUACAAUGAAAUUCAGGCCAUUUAUGCUGAUGAUUUUUCCAGACUCCACAGUCUUCGUGUCCUUGAGCUGCAGUUCAACAACAUCUCUGUGAUUGAGGACCAUGCCUUCCACAACAAUUCCCUCUUGGAGAAUCUUAACAUUUUUAAUAACUCUUUAGAGGAGGUCCCUGCAACUGCCCUGCAGCCCCUUUAUAAUCUAAGGAGGCUCUUUAUGUCAAAUAACCUUUAUACUAAGGCAAAAUUGGCAGAUAAGGUCUUCUCCAGUUUCACUCACCUCCAAAUCCUGUCGAUGGGUGGCCCCUUGGUCAAAGGUUUAAGGAAAGGGGACUUCCAGGCCUUAAAAAACAUUAGUUUACAGGAGUUCAAUAUAAAAUGCUCAUCAAAUAUUAGUUACUAUGAACCAGGUAGUCUGAAGGCAAUACAGACAUCAAGUAUGGGGUUUGACAUAGCCAUAGACCAGAAGCCACAUUUCCUGCCUUUGAUGCUACAAGAUUUGGCCAGUAAGACUUUCAGUCAAAUCCAAUUCAGAAACCUCUUUGAGUUUAUGUACUAUAUGCAAGAUGAUGAUAUUUUCAGAAACUUACCAGACAUCAAUGUCCAUCAGCUCAUUUUCCACAGAGGAAAAUUCAAUGAGAACCUUUUGAGGAUGGCUUUGUUGAAUCUACAGGUAACCCCUAUUAAACAUCUCACAUUUCAAUACAUUGACUUUGCUCGCUCGCCCAACUUUGUGGAUAGUGGCUUGAACUCCAGCAUCAAAGACCUAGCACUGGAUAGACUAGAUCUGUGGCAUAUCAGUAAUCCUGACAUCUUGCGAUUCGACUGGCGCUUCACAUGGUUCAACAAAAUCCGACUGCUAUCCAUUCAAAAUGUCAACUUCAACUCAGUGCCUUGUGAUGCAUGGCUUGAAAUGGGUGGCAUGGAGGUUUUGGACAUCUCAAACAACCGCCUGCAGAACAACUUCAUCUUCAACCAGAGAUGCAACUACAGGGGCAACAUGCCAGCUCUUUUUAUCUUCAAUGUCAGCACCAACCAACUGACCAGUCUUAGAGACUUAGCCUCCCUGACCAGUAAGUUCAAGCAAUUACAAGUCAUGGAUGUUAGCAAUAACUUGCUGGGUUCUGCUAAGGAGAGUCACAACUGUUACUGGUUGCACAACAUCACCCAGUUGAUUGCUCACCACAACCACUUUGAAAGUGGUGCCCUAAAAUGUUUGCCCACCACAGUACAGUUCCUGGACCUCUCUUACUGUGACCUGGACCAGCUGGACAUGGCCUACUUCCAACAGACCACGACCCUCAAAGAACUCUGGCUCAAUGGGAACAAAAUUAAGUUUAUCCCCUCUGGAUGGAAAAGUCACUCUUUGCAGUCAUUAGCUCUGGAUGGGAACUCCUUUGGAAUCAUCAGCAUUGGAUCCUUCCAGGACAUGCCCAAACUGUCUCGACUGACAGCAGGAAACAACCCCUAUCACUGCACCUGUGACCUCCAUGCCUUUAUCCAGGACACAAUUUCAAAGAGGAGGAUCAACAUCACUGACUGGCCAAAGAACUACAAAUGCUACCAUCCAGAAGCUCUGCUUAAUACCGCAGUGGCCCAUUUUUUCCCAGGGAAUGUAGCCUGCGACAUCAGACUGGUCAUCGUGAUCUGUGUGGCCACAACUGCGGUUGUUGUUUUAGUGCUGGUGUUUAUUUGCUACAUUUUCAAUAUCCCCUGGUACACCAAAGCCACAUAUCAGAUACUUAGAGCCAAAUAUAGGGCUCAUCAGCAAGGAGCAUAUGGAGGAUCACAGGUCUAUGAAUACCACGCUUUCAUCUCCUACAGCCAUCCAGAUGCAGAUUGGGUUAGGGACCAGUUGUUGCCCUGCUUGGAGAACAAUAAACCCCCCUAUCGACUCUGUAUACAUGAAAGGGACUUCAUGCCAGGAAAAUGGAUAAUCGACAACAUCAUUGAAAAUAUUGAAAGCAGCAGAAAGGUCAUAUUUGUGUUAUCACACCACUUUGUAAAUAGUGAAUGGUGCAACUACGAGCUCUACUUUGCACAGCAAAGAGCCAUUGGCAAGACAUUUAAUGAUGUCAUUCUGGUGGUUAAAGAGCCCAUAGAUCCUGAAUCGCUGCCAAGCAAGUACUGUAAACUCAAGAAGAUGCUGAACACCAAAACGUAUCUUGAGUGGCCCCAGCAAGACAAACAGCAGACCUUCUUCUGGGCUCAGCUUAAGAGUGUCCUGGGCAAGCCCACACUAAUUAGACAGCAUGCUGCCAGUGGUAGGGGCAGCAUGGUGUCCUCAGUGGAGACGGUGUCUGUGAUUGAGCUCUCUCUGGAAGAAAGAAUACCAGCUAAAUAUAUGCCAAAGUUAAAGAGCGAGGCAGAGCUCCCAAAAGUAGACCCUGAGGAUGCAGUGUUUCUGUGAGAAGUGCAGUUUUAUGGAUAGAGACCAAGUCACGUAGCUCUGGAAUUAGGAAAAACAAGCCACUGGUGUACUUUGUCCUCUGUAUAGAGUCCUGAGAGAUGGGAGAUGUUUCUGUUACAUGUGAUGUAUUUGAAAUACAGGGUCUUCCGUAAGCAUUCUCUAAAGGUUUGUAAUUUAAACCAAACUAUUACUAUACAGUUAAAAAUAUAGAUUAUGCGGAAGUGGGGUACAUACAUAUUGGUUCAACUUUUCAGAAAUGUCAACACGUUUUAUACUCCCCCUAUUUCUGGGCACAAAAAAUAUUGAAUUAAAUUCAGUGUCCAAAUUUAGUCCUUGUGUUACAUAACUGUAAUAACUGAAGUUGACAACCCGCUGAUCUAACCAAAUUAUUGGUAUCUUUUUUGUUGAUACCCUGUGAGGUCAAUUGUUGUUUGUUCUAACAUAUUUUCACUGUAAAUCUAAUCUUCAGCAAAUCAAAGGCUUGUUCAAUUGCAUUUUAUAUCUGGAGGUCAGCUAAAUGUGGCUUUUCAGAAACACUCCCUAGAUGUUAUGGCAGUAUGUUUGGGGUAAUGGUUUUAUUGUAUGCUGCAGCGAUGUCCAUGAAAUUGGUGGCUUUUUCUUGUACUUUAUCGGACAAGAUUUUUUAUGUACAAUUAAAACAUAUCUGCUACUGUCUUCAGCAGUUACAGUGGAGAGAACAAGUAUUUGAUACA